UUUUAUGAAAUAAUAUUUUUGGAAGACACAUAUGACGAUAUGUCCACAGCGAGCAGUACGAUAAGCAAAAUCGCAACACCCCUGAGGUACAAACGGCGUCCACAAACCACAGAAGAAGAACAGGGCAUGAUGCACACCCUCCGCCAAUAUGAAGGCAUCCAGGGCAGCUUCUGCCUUUGAUUUUAAAGAAUAAGCCUUGUUAUUUUUUUUUUACAAGUGCUGAAUCCACUACCUGGACUUAAGUAGAUGCGACGCCGAAUUAAUAUCUUGGUCCUGCAGAAUGUCCAAGAUCAGGCGGAAGGUAACAGUGGAGAAUUCAAAAACCAUAUCUGAUAGCAGCAGCAGCAGCAGCACCACGACCAGCAGCACCAGCAACCCCGCCGCCCCCUCCCGCCGGCCCAGUGUGUUUGAAAGACUCGGCCCCAGCACUGGGAGUAAUGCUGCUGAUAGUCACUGUAGAAAUUGGCUGAAGACCGGUAAUUGCAGUUACGGCAACACUUGUCGCUACACACAUGGAACUCAGCCACGAGGCAAAGGAUUUAGCUUUAGUCGGUCAGCCGAGAGACCCACAGGUGAUCUGCGGGAGAGGAUGAAGAAUAAAAGACAGGAUGCUGACCCAGAAAACGUGAAGCGAGACCUAGACGAGCCCACAUCCCCCACAGCGAAACAGAGAGACUCCUCCAGAGGCCGACACAGGGAAAAGGAGGAUAUAAAGAUUACAAAGGAGCGCACCCCAGCCAGUGAAGAAGAGCCCACAGAGUGGGAAACCAAUCGUGAAGACUCUGAUAUUGGUGACUACGACUACGAGUUAUCACUAGAGAUGAAGCGCCAGAAGAUUCAACGUGAGCUGAUGAAAUUGGAGCAGGAAAACUUGGACAAGAGGGAGGAGAUAUUCAUCAAGAAAGAUGAGGCCCCCACCAAAACAAGAACCACCGCCAUACCAAAGGCCUCCCCAGAGCCGAUAAGCAGUAAAGAUUCACCCUCGGCCAGGAAGUCCACUGGAUCCCCCAAACACAAAAGUGGAGUCAAAGGCCCAGGCUCUGGGAAGAAAGAAAAGAAGGCCCCACUAUCCUCACCUGUUUCAGAAACUACCAGGCCUUCAAAAGGGAGCCACAGUAAGAAGAAAGGGCCCCGUACCCCUAGUCCUCCUCCCCCAGUCCCGCUGGACAUUCCUGUGAUAGGGAAGAAACACAAAGGCAAGCACAAAAACAAGGAGAAGUCAGAGGAGAAGCUGAAGGAAGCGAAAGAUCGGGGGCGAGAUGCAGAAAAACACAAAGAGAAAAAGGAGAAACGCAGGGACCGAUCAGACAGCUCCCACAAGGCAAAGCGGUCAGUGACGUCGGAGGAGCGUUCUGGUAGCGUGUCAUCUCCCUUUAGGGGCACUUCACCACCAGCCAGGAAGAAAUCCACAUCUCCAAAAGCUUCAUCCCAUAAGACGCCCGUACUGGCCUCCCCACCUCGCAGGUCUCCCACUCCUCCCCGCCACCAUCACACCCCCACUCCUCCCCGCCACCACUCUCCCUCCUCUCACUCUGGCUCCUCUGCCCAGCGACACUCUUCAUCUCCCCGCCGGCGCCGCUCGUCCUCUCUUACAUACCACCGGAGCACCGCAGCCCUGGCCUCUGCCUCCUCCCCUCCAUGCUCCCGGCGCUCCCGAUCGCCCCCUGCCUCCCACGACCCCUCCUCACCCCCCCGCCGAUCUGACAGGUCGAGCCCCAGCCAGCGGCGCUCCAGGGGCCGCGAGAGGAGCCGUGGUGAAAGAGAGAGGAGUCCGCCUGCUCAGGAGCGCAGACAUGAGCGCAGAGAUGAAAGCCGCAGCAAGCGAGAGAAAGACAGCGUCCGCGACGACCGGGACUAUGACUCUGAACAGGUCUCAUCACGGGACGCUCGCGACGACCGGGAGCCCAGAGAGUCUCGCGAGAGGCGGGAUGCUCGCGACCGAGGAAGGGAAACAGCCCGAGACUCUCGCGACCACCGAGACAACAGGGACAUAAAGGACUCCAGAGAGAGCAGGACGGAGACUCGCUCCAGUCGAGAGUCGCUGGAGCGCCGUGACCGCGAACGAGAGCGGGACCGGGAAAGGAAAGACAGAGAGCGAGAAAGAGAGAGAACAGACACCCACAGGAAGGAGGAACCGGCUCAGGACGACAGGAGUUAUGGGAGAGGUCAUGGACGCGAAGAUGGAGGGCGUGCUGAUGGACGGACGGAGAACAGGACGGACAGAGCUGAGAAGAAUGGACGAGGGAGAGGGCGUGCUAAUGAAACCUCUGAGAAAGGCUCAAACCGAAACUCCCGGGGUUCCCAACUGGAAAGCAGCCAUGACAACUGGGAUCCACGGAGCAGCGCGGUGCGCGAACGGAGCGCGGAGAGGAGCACAGAUCGCAGUGUGACCGAAAGAAGCUCUGAGAGGGGUUCAGACCGAGAUCGCUAUGACGGCGACAGGAGAGGAGAGCACGCCCGAGACUCCUCGUACGACAGGAGAGGAGGGCACGGCGAGCGGGAUCGCAGAGACAACCGAGAGAGAGAUCAAAGAGCAGCCUCACCAAAUAGACACCAGGGGAGAUCAGAGGAGUCUGAGAGGGAUGAGAGGAGAGAGGAGCGCAGGACAGAUAGAACAGAAGAGAGGCGCGAUGACAGGACCCGAGACCGGGAGCGAGAGAGGGACAGGGAGCGGGAGAGGGAGAAGGAAAAGGAGAAGGACAGGGAGCGAGAGAGGGAAAAGGAGCGAGAGAAAGAGGCUGAGAGGGAGCGGGUUAGAGAGCGAGAGCGGGAGAGGGAGCGAGAGAGGGAAAGGGAGCGCGAGGAGCGGGAGAGAGAAAGGGAGGAACGAGAGAGGGAGAGGGAGAGGAAGGAGCGGGAGAGGGAACGAGAGAGGGAGCUACGGGAGCGAGAGAGGCAGCGGGAAUGGGAGGAGCGAGAGAGGGGAAGAGAUGAAAGGCGGGAGAGGCGAGAUGACGACCGGCCCGUCAGAGAAACACGAGACGACCGCAAAACAAGUCGUAAGAGGCCCAGGGUGGAGAGCAGCCCGAGCCCCCGAGCCUCUCCUAAGCGAGCAACUCGGGACCUCAGUCCAGCAGACAGCGACGGCUACAACAGUGCAGAAGAGAAAAGUGCUGACAAAAAUCGUAUGCUGAGCCAGGUGGUGCGGCCCCAGGAGCCCUUGUUGCGUUCUCCGCUGAGGGCUGCUCUAUCGGAUGAGAAGCCAAGCCACUGGAAGGAUGAGGAGCGCAGAGGUGCCGGGGACAAAAGGGAUACGCGCAGCCGUCAUGAGGACCCGGAGCCUCGUGUAGAACGGAUUAGAGGAGGCGACAGACGAGGAGAGCACCUUGCAGACGGCCCAUCUGACUCCCGUAGCAGAGGCAGAGAGCAGCGAGAGUCUACGCCGCCUCCCCCUCCUCCAGCCCUCGCACCUGGCAAUGAAGACACCGCUGGCCCCACCCACGAGGAGGGCAAAAAGAAGACAAAGUCGCAGAGGAAGGGCUUGAAGAAGGGUCGCAAAGAAGAGGAAAUAGGCGGUGGCAGCAGCAGCAGCCUGGCUGGGGCAGGAGAUCGUUUCAACCCCGAGCCCCCAGCCAGCGUUCCUGCAGAUGGGCCUUCACCCAUACUUUCACCCAGGAAAGUGGCCAAGAAGAAGGCGCUUGAACGAAAGAGGAAACGGUCACGAGAAUCUGAUGUGUCUGAUGAGGACUCAUCUGCCCCUCAGCCACAUAAUAAAAGGAAGAGGGGUCCCCGGACGCCACCACCCUCAAUAAGGCCUGAUAAUCGAGGUACUGGAGCCAACGCAGAGCCAUCUCCUCUGACCAAAAUGGACAAUUUCAGUGACUGGUCAGAUGAGGAGGUCACAGACCGAGGAGCACCGCUGGAAACGCAAGCUCCACCGGCUCCUGCUGAGAGGACUCCUGCUGAGCCUCUUAAGAGAGGGGUUGGUCCCAGGGUGGGCAGGGACAGGGAGCGGUGCAACCCUGCUCCCAUCGCCCCUCUGCUCCCCCAAGAUCCCUCGAUAUUGAUGCAGACUCUGCCUCCGCAGCCCCUCAUGUCCCAGCCCAUGCUCCGCAAACUUCCCCCAGAGCAGGCACGCAGCAGCAGCAUGGGAAGCAACCAGAGCCGCGCGUCGUCCAGACGCCUGCGAUCACCCUCCAACGAGUCAGCCCAUCGAGAUGAUCCGCAAGGUCCACGAGCCCGCCGGGGCAGGCUGCAGGGCGCCAACUCACGGGACCGAGAGAGGGAAAGGGAGAGAGAACGGGAGAGAGACAGGCCGGUCGUGAAUGACCCUCCAGUGGUUGAGAGAAAGUCUCGAAUUGACCAGUUGAGGAGAGGAGAGCCCAGCCGCAGCACCUCCUCAGACCGACAGGAUUCCCGCAGCCUCAGCUCCAGGCGCAGCUCUCCUGACUCUGAGAGGCAGGCCCGGUCCAUGUCUCGCGCCGGCUCCUAUGACAGUCGCGAGCGGGAGAGAGAGAGGGAGCCAUUUGAGCGGGAACGAGACCGAAAAGACCUCCGGCCUCAGCCGCCGCUGCCACCUCAGCCCCAGCAGCAGCAGCCCCUGCUCCUCCAACAGCCCCUACAACAGCAGAGAGACUGGGAGCCCGAACCUAGGGACUGGCCUAGCAGGGGACUGAUGCGUCCAGGCCGGGAAUCUAUCCUGAGGGAGCGGGAUAUCAGGGACAGGGAACGCUUACUCCCUGAAGGACAAUUUCAGCAGCAUGAACGGGAGCGGGAGAGAGACAGAGAGAGAGACAGUAGAGGUGACAGAGGCGGCGAUCGAGAGAGGGAGAGGAUGAUGAUGAUGGAUCUACCGCCUCACGGGGACCCCAGGGUCCCCGGACGAGGAGACCUGAGGGGCGAUAUGAGAGGAGACCUGCGAGUGGACAUGAUGAGACAAGAGAGGGGCGACUAUGAGCCUCUGCUGCCAAGAGAAGCCUUCAGCCCCCCAGAGCCGGAGAAACCGAGCAACAGUCACCAUCUCAUGGGAGAGCAACGGGAGCUGGAGAAGACGGAGAGCAUCGACGGAGACGAUGAUGGCAAAGAAGAUGAAGGCCAGUCGGUGGCAUCUGUGGGAGAGGAGUAUGAACCAAUCAGUGAUGAUGAGCUGGAUGAAAUACUGGCUGACAGCCAGAAAAAAGAGGAUCAUCAGCAAGACGAUGAAAAAAUUACAGGUCCUCUUGAUGUCAUUGAUGUGGACUGGUCCAGCCUGAUGCCCAAACAGAAGCAGGAACCCCGGGCAGCAGGGGCAGCUUUGCUCCGGUUCACCCCAGGGGCCGUGCUUCUUAGGGCGGGCAUCUCCAAGCGACUUGCUGGGCCUGAGCUCCUGGAGCAAGUCAGAGAGGUGUGCAAGUCCGAGCUGGAUGACCCCAAAGAUGCUGACAAGCUGUUUGAGCAUGACCUGGGGGCCCUGAAUAUGGCAGCCAUGAACAGGCGGGUGGAAAGGGCCGGUUUACUGAGAAACCUCGGGCCCUGUUGCAAGGCCCUGUGUGCCCGCAGGGACUUCGCCAUCCGCCGGCAGCUGUUAAAGAAUGACAAGGGCCAAACCAAGCAGUACCCCACUACGCCUGUGGUAGACAACGAGCUGCUGCAGAUGAGCAUGCGUCUCUUCAGAAGGACCAUGGCUGGCCAGGCCUCAGGGCCCGAAAGGUCCGACAGCGGGUCAGCACCGGCCGCCGAGGUCGCUCCAGCUGGUAGUAGUAAGCUCGGCACAGCACAGCCUGAGGUGUGUGUGUCCUGAAAGAAAUGGGUUUAAUGAGUCAAACACAUGAAAGUGAACACUUCUAACGCUCCCUGACUCUGUCCCAUUCCAUUUCAUUCAUAGCCCUUUUUAGUUGUGGGAGGAAAUAAUGGAAAACAGAAAAAUUGUGAAUCUUACUCAGUAAUGCUUUUACAUGUUUUUGAUGAUCUGCAAGUCCUGUGCCAUAGACUACUGGACAUUCUAGCCUAUGGAGGUGUGUAAUGAACCAUGUAUGAGCAGCAUAAAACACACCUAAAAUGACUUUUUGUUUUGUACAUUGCAAUGUUUUAGUGCAGCUUUCUAAUAGUCAGUCUCACCUGCCUAACCAAUUUGAAAUGACUGUUUUGUUUUCGUAAUAUUGUGCAUUGGUUACAACGACUGUGCAUUAAAAUGCUUAGAUGUUGAUUUUUGUGACGGGUCUUUUGCUUUGUAUGAAGUGAGUGUUCAGCCUUUAAAUGUGACACUUGAUGUUAUUACUAUUUUUGUUUACAUCAUAUUACAAAUUAUCUGCAGUGCAAAUCUCAAGCAUUUGCUGCAGAGUGUUACUGACCAACAACACUGAAAACAUCCUGCAGAGACUUGAAUGAAGGUUCUUCGUGAAUAAGCACUGCCAAACUAUUCCUUCAUUGAAUGUAAUUUGUUUAUAACUGUCAGUCGUUGAAAACAUAAUUGCUUUUUGCUUGAUGUGUUUGUUUUUGAAUGGUUUGGCAAUGUCUCCCUGAAAUGAACUCAAGUGAUUGCAGAGCACACUAUAGACUGCAGAGUACCACAUCUCCAAUACUGCCAUGUGGAAGUCCUCUCCUUAACAUUCACCAGCCCAAACCAUCCAAAAAGGAGCCAAAAUGUUCCCAGUAGGAAA